AGAUACAGGACACUGUCUGGAAACAGUUCUGACAGGUCCAACUGGAGUCUGGAGGUCUGGUAGGUCCAUCAGUUUGGAGUUCUGACCUGGUGGGCAGAAGCUCAGCGGAACCAGGAUGAAGAGGGGAGCCCGUAUUGGUCUAAUGGGGGUACAGAAUCCUGGACUGGAGCUGGAGAUGGCAGAGAACCCUGACACAUUCCAGGUCUCGGGAUGUCCUCGGGGGUCCAGAUCCUCGGUGUCAGCAGCACUGAAGGUUGCAGCUCAGUGGACAUCGUAUUCAUGUGGCCGCUGGAAGCAGAGAAGGAAAAAACUCUCAGGUGUUCCGCUGGGGACAAAAUACAGAGGUCUGGCUGAGGAUGAAGGUGAUGAAGAGUGGAGAGAUGAAACUGAUGGAGCAAAUGAAAACCAACAGCUGAAUAAAAAAUUGCUGAAUCACUUCAGAGAGCUGGCUGCUAGCAACCAGGAUACAGACCAGGUGGACCUUCAGUUUGUGGAUGAGGUGAUCUCAGACGGAGCUGAUCCAAGCAGUUCUGACAGAUAUGGACAGACCAUCCUGCACGAGAUCUCCAGGGCGUGGAAUGUGGACGUGAUGCGGUUCUUCCUGGACAGGGGCUCAGACCUCCUCCUGCCAGAUAAGUUUGGAGUCACAGCACUUCACGUGGCCUCAGCACUGGACUACCAGGAGAUGGUCCAGUUCCUGCUAGGCCAUAAAGGUCUUUGUGGAGUUGGGGGGAAUCUAACAACUUCUCAUUUUAAUCAAGAGAAAAUAAUCAACACACUCAUGGGAGCUGUUGUUGCUGAACAGUCAGACCAGACAUGCAGAUCCUUAUCAAUAUGUGAUGAAUUAUGUGUGUUCUCAGCUGAUCCAGAGGCCCGGACUUUUCUGGACCAGCAGACUCCUCUUCACUACGCUGCCAAACAUGAUGCUGUGGGUUCCAUCAGACUGCUGCUGCAGGCUGGAGCUUCCAUCAGCUGCACCGACUACAAACGGAGAACACCGCUACAACUUGCUGCCAACCUGGAGCGUAGUGAGGCAGCUCGGGUGCUGUUGGAGCUUGGGGCAGAGGCAGGGGUGAAGGACUCUGACGGACAGCUCUGUAUCACUGCUCUGAUUGGUCGGAUGAGUCCAGUGGCCCAACUGGCACUCGGUCAGUUCCAUGUGACUGACAGAAUGACCAGACGGCACUACUACUACCUGAACCUGCUGGAACCAGAGCAACACUCACCUGAGACCCCCCAGCAAGAAGAGGUCGUCAGUGAGCCGACAUCUCCACUGGAGGUGGUGGUGCAGCAAGGGAAACUGGACCUCAUCAUGAACCCAGUCUUCCUCAAACUCAUCCAGGUCAAAUGGAAACUGUAUGGCAGACUGGGGGCAUGGCUUCUUCUCAUCCUCAACUUCCUGUUCAAUGUCUCCUGGACAACCGUCGCCAUCUCUGUGUCUGUUCGCAAAGACUCACCUGAUCGCUAUGUCCUCCCCCAGGUGACCUUUCAGUCUGUCUCUACUUGUCUGUCUACCUGUCUGUCUUUACCCUUUUACCUGUCUCUCUGUCUGUGUGUCUGUUUUUCUCAGGACUGGUGGCGUGUCCUCCUCUUGGUCCUGGCACUUCUGUUAACUCUGGAGGAGGUGCUGAGGGAGGUGCUGGACAUCCUGCGCUCAAAAAGAAAGCUCCGUCUGUGGCAGCAGUGGGUGGAGCGACGUCUCCAUGACGACCUGUGCUGUUCACAUCCUAUGUGGCCUCAGGAAAAAGUUUUCCUUUUGGAUCAGAACAAACAGAUUCACAGGACGAGAGGACCUUACAGCCAUGACCUGUGGAAUGUGUUUGAUUGGCUGGUCUACUGUCUUUUGACAGUGUCCUUCAGCGUCCACAUGGCAGACGUGUUUAGUCCGUCUGUCCUCCUUCAAACCAUCAGUCUGCGCUUCUUCUCCCUCACCAUCAUCUUCCUGUGGGUGCGACUGAUGAAGCACGUCAGAGCCUUCAGGUUGAUGGGUCCAUUCAUUGUCAUGCUGGGAAACAUCGUUGGGGACGUGAUGUGUUUCCUAUUCCUUUACGCCGAGAUCUUUAUUCCUUAUGCCUGCAGCUUCUGGAUCAUGUUUGGAGGCUCGUCCUCAGUUCCCAGCAUGCAGUCUGUCUCUGGCCUGCUGUACAGUCUGUACCGCAUCACUCUGGUAGACGAGUACGAGUACGCUGCCAUGAAGAAGGUGGACGAUGUCAUGGCUCCUCUGCUGUGUGGGACGUUUCUGGCUGCAUCUUCCAUCCUGUGUGUCAACCUUCUGAUCGCCCUGCUCACCGACACCUUCCAGAGGGUGCAUGAUAACUCUCAGGCCAAUGCUGUGAUGCAGCAGGCUGCCGUCAUCCUGCAGGUGGAAGACUCCAUACCCUUCCUCCGCCGUUUCUAUGACAACCAGUACAUCUCCAGUCACUGCGCACCACUGGUUGAUGCCUAUGAUGACAACAUCACAAACCCCCGUUACCAUGACGAAAUGGGCCUCAUUACAGCACAGAUCAAAGAGACUCUGGAUCAGUUCCUGGUCCUGCAGAAGGACGUGCAUACAGUUGGAGCUUCUUCUGAGAAUCAAAACCAGACAGACCAGGAUCAGAACCUGCUGAACCAUGAGCUUCAAGACCAGAACCAGCAGAACCAGAACCUGCAAAUGCAAGAGCUUCAGGCUAUCCGAACUGAGCUAAAGGAGGUCCGGACUCUGGUCCAGCAGCUGCUUCAGACCAAGAUGAACUCAGGUUAAAAUAGAUAGAUAGAUAGAUACUUUAUUGAUCCCGAGGGAAAUUCAAGAGAUUAAGAGAUUGAGAAGAGAUCAGACCGGGUCAGUGGAAGAGCCGUGAGAGGACUGAAGACAACAGUGCUCUGCAGACUUUAAACAAAAGAAGAGCUGUAAUUCACUUUGACUUUUCUGUCAUCUGAGUCUGUUAAAUCCAUCUGCUAAAAUGUCACAGCUGACACAGCAGCACAACACACUUAUGAAUCACACGAAUUUUCAGAUUUGUCUAAAACCCUUAGAAAUGUUGGUAAAACAAAAUGAA